GAGGAACCGAAUUAUGCAAGAAUGAGUAAGGAAAGGCAAUUAAUAAUACAAUGAUGAACAUCAUAAAGCAAUUGGCACUCCUUGUUGUGUGCUUACUAGCAACCUUUGGUUUGUACUACAACUACAUUAAUGCUACAAGCCUUAAUCCCAUCCAAAUCCGAUCAUUGGAUCAAGUCCCACGACUUGAUGAUCAACAACGGCAACCAGGAUUCGAUUAUUUUUUGUUAGCGUUGCAAUGGCCAAACGCUUUCUGCAACAUUGCACGACACAGGAAGCCACCGAGUCAUGGACUUAAACGGCAGUGCGAUCCAGAUCAUCCACUUCCCAAACACCAAAACUUCACCAUUCAUGGACUCUGGCCUCAGUUGAACAUUGGCGUUUCUCCACUAAGUUGCAGUACGACGGACCAGAUGACAAAUAAGAUUCUUAGUAAAUUCAAGGAAGAGCUGCUUGAUUACUGGCCGAAUUUGAAUUCUGCUAAGGACUUUGAGAAAAGCAAGUGGUUUUGGAGACACGAGUGGAACAAGCAUGGAAGCUGUUCUUCAAACAAGUUCACACCAGACAAGUAUCUCAGAAUCUCUCUUGAUCUUGCCAAAAAGUAUUCUACUUCCAUUUUGUUGGAGCUGGAAAAAGCAGGGAUCAAUCCAGAUGGAGUUACUCCACAUCGUGAUGCAGAUGUACAGGAGGCAGUAAAAAAGGCCACGAAAUAUGAGGCAAUGCUAAACUUCCAAUUAAAUGAAUUAGGUGAACGUCUUCUUUCUGAGAUUCAUCUCUGUGUCAAACAAGAUGGUGUCACACUCUUUAAUUGUGAUCCUGUUUCCUUGUUUGCCUCCGUUCCUUCACCUUCACCGGCACCUGUGCCAUCGCCACCGCCACGUAUUCUCACGCUCCCGUCCCUUAUCAUGAAGGAAGUGGCGAAGAGCUUUAAAUUGAGCAGACGGCUUCUAUAAGAAUAUGACACAUGCAGCUGCAUUGAACACGUCAUAUUGUCAUGAUCUUGAGGAACCAAUAAAGUUAUAUCUCUACUAAUAUUAUGUCUAAAUCUUUUUUUCUUUUUUAAUAGCAAGCCAUGUGUGUUUGAUAUAUCCUAUAUAUAAUAUUGUAUCUAAUAAUAAUGUGUCUACGUAAUUGAGAAUAAAUGCCAAUGGUGUCUGGAAAGUCCUGAGAGUUAUAUUGUUUUUU